CCUGUUCCAACACUACUGCUACGCUCGAGGUGGCAUGCGCCAUACUUCCUACACGUGCAUCUGUGGCAGUGGGGAGAACUCGGCUGUUCUACACUACGGCCACGCUGGAGCCCCAAAUGAUAAGACUGUUGAAGAUGGAGACUUGUGCCUGUUCGAUAUGGGAGGAGAGUACUACUGCUAUGGCUCCGACAUCACCUGCACCUUCCCUGCGAACGGAAAGUUCACUCCUGACCAGAGGGCUAUCUAUGAAGCAGUGCUGAAGUCAUCGCGGGCUGUAAUGAAAGCAGUCAAGCCAGGGGUCGCCUGGCCUGAUAUGCACCGUCUGGCUGACAGAGUCCAUCUGGAGGAGUUGACUAAAAUUGGCAUUCUGAAAGGCAAUGUAGAUGACAUGGUGAAGGUUCAUCUGGGUGCAAUAUUUAUGCCACACGGACUUGGACAUCUACUUGGAAUCGAUGUGCAUGACGUUGGAGGCUACCCAGAGGGAGUGGAGCGCAUUGACCUGCCGGGGCUCAGGAGCCUGCGCACCGCCCGCAGCCUGGAGCAGGGCAUGGUGCUGACCAUCGAGCCGGGCAUCUACUUCAUCGAUCACCUCUUGGACCAAGCCCUCCGUGACCCUGCGCAGUCCUGUUUCAUCAACAAUGACGUCCUGCAGCGCUUUAGAGGAUUUGGGGGGGUCCGCAUCGAGGACGACAUCGCAGUGACAGCCAGCGGAAUGGAGCUGCUAACGUGCGUCCCACGUACUGUUGAAGAAAUAGAGGCUUUCAUGGCGGAAGGCCAAAGCAGUGCCAAGUCGUUUGAGUGCCUCUCCAGCCAAAAGCAGUAAACUUCAGGAUGAUGCUUACUGUCUCACACUAAUCACUCAUCAUUCUGAUUUAAUGCUGCAGCAUAUAAAAUACAACGCAUCCAAUUCUUAAUAGCCAGAGAGGCAGGCAGGCUGUUAGCUGGAAUGAUUCAUGCAUUAAAAAUGGAGGUGGAAGGCUUCAGCGCUCGAUACCCAGGUAGCUCAGGUGCUGCUGCUUGCAGCCAGCAGUUCACAUUACCAAGUGCCACCAGAAUAACCCUGCUGCACCGGCAGUGGGGUUU